AAAGCAGUCCCAAAUAUAUCCCUGCCAUGUGUCUGCCUCUUGGUAAUGUUAACCUACAUUCAUAAUAAACCAGCUUCCUGUCUCUCUGCCGCAGUCAUUAAAGGGAAACGUGCAGGAACUAGAUCCAUUUCAAUGUCCAAAACACGUCUCCACAAACACAUUCCGCGCGCUGGAUCUUUCUCUACACACGUUUCAGAUUCGGAUCGGUUUGUCAAAAAAGCCCUUUUUCUGUCUCUUUUUAUCCUUUUUGUAUUUGUAUGUCUGAUGUCAGAUUUUUCCCUCUUGCCCUCGGAGGGGGAGGAUCUAACCGCGUUGAGUCACGCAGCUGUCAAAGAUAGCUGUCACCCAGUUUCCACAUCAAACACACUGAAUGAGACGCGCAGCCUGUCCCAGGUACCCGACAAUGUGUUGCGUCUCCGACAAAUGAAAAACGCGCUCCGCGGCGAUUCCUCGACAAAAAAACAUAUUUCGCUCGAUACUUUGUAACAAUCUGGAAUAAUACAGUUGUGUGUGAUUAAAGCGAGGAAGAAUCGACCUCCUUGUUGCCAACGUGAAAAGGGGAAUUUUGACGGACAUGAAGACCAAAAAGGGUGUGUUGGCGAUGUCUGGAAGUGAGACAGAGGACGAGGACAGUUUGGAUGUGCCUCUUGACCUCUCUUCAAAUGGAGGAGUGUCAGGGAAGAGGAAGAGGAGAGGAAACUUGCCCAAAGAGUCAGUACAGAUACUCCGGGACUGGCUCUACCAACACCGCUACAAUGCCUAUCCAUCAGAGCAGGAAAAAGCCCUGCUGUCCAAGCAGACCCAUCUCUCCACACUACAGGUGUGCAACUGGUUUAUAAACGCCCGGCGACGACUCCUUCCCGAGAUGCUCCGGAAAGACGGCAAGGACCCCAACCAGUUCACCAUCUCGCGACGGGGCAGCAAGGGCGGCGAGAUGCUCAGUGACAACUCCCAGUCCCCAAAACACGGUCUGCUCGCUAACGGAGAGGACCGCAGCAGCUACGUACCCGGCUCGCCUCACCCGACCAGCAACACGCCCACCUCUAACGGUUACCCCAAAAAGGCCCUGUCCCCCAAAACACCCCCCUCACCUGGACCUGUCUUACCCAGACCCUCCGUCAUCUGCCACACCACCAUCACCACAGCCACGCAAGGCAUCGGCACGUCGACGCGCCUUGGGGUGGAGGGGGCCACGGAGCUGCCGCUCACAGACGCGGCCGGGCUGUUCGGGUGUCGCGGGGAGGGGAACGUCAGCCCCCAGAGAGGCCUGUUCAACACCCCGCCGCCCACCCCGCCCGACCUCACCCAGGACUUCAGCGGCUUCCAGUUGCUGGUUGACGUGGCGCUGAAGAGGGCUGCAGAAAUGGAGCUGCAGGCCAAACAGCUCCUCGCCUGAAGACAGAAAAGAUGGAUGGAUGAAUGAAAAAGCUUCAUCGAUGUUUGUUUCUUGCCCCCCAAAACUGAACUCCACAGGGAGUUCAAAAAAACUUGACUGAGCAACAGAAAGCAAACAAGCAUGGCCUGAUCAUUUCUAUUUUUGGUAAAUGUAAAUCAAAUUGAUGAGGAUUCCUUUAUGUAAAGCAUUUCAAGGUGCCUUGGCAAGUCAGUUCUUUCUUUUGUAUUCCAUUUAUAUGUAAAUAAAUAUGUAUCUUUUCGUUUUGUACACAGGGGACCAAAACCAAACACAGUAAUACGACUUCCUGUCUUUCCUUAUUUUUACAAGAAGGCAAGCUCUUCUCCCAUUCCUCAUGAGUCUUUUUUUCUCGUUUUCAGAGAUUCGGCUCAAUGAUUGUGGAUUUUGCCUCAUUUUUAGCGAACACGUCUGAUAUUCUGCCUCGUUUUUUUUUUUUUUGCACAAAAUGGCAGGUCAUCUCAGUAUCUUAUCAACUCUAGUUUUCUCUCCGACAGACUCUAAUCACUACUGCACCGGGUCAUUCUGUGUCUCAUAGAUGUUCAGUUUUUUUGUAUCGCUUUUUUGUUGUAAAGUUUCUGAUGCUGUUAGUAUGUUUCUUUUUUUCCUUUCAUUACUCUUGAGGGAUAUUCAGAUGUAGCAGAACUACAGUCUGAGAUUUCCUCUGAAUACUCAGUGUAGAAACGGCCAGUGAAUGUGCCCGCAUACUCCCCACCCCUGCCCUAAACACACACACACACACACCUUGGACAAAUGAGCUGGAAGAAUGAACACUAAUUGUAUUGUUUUUUUGUUUUUUUUGUUUUAUCAAGUUGAGACCACUUUCAGAGGAUAAAAGGAAAGAAUGGUUUUAUGUCACCAAAUAUGUUGAUUUCAAGGUUUUGGGACCUUAGACCAGUGCAUUUACAGUAGCCAAUGUGACAUGAUGCCCAAUGAUGUGACUUCUCCUCCUUACUGUGCAAUGUAUGUGGCAAAUAGGGGUCACACGGUGUUUAAAUAAAGUUUUGUUUUCUACAAAA